GACCACUUCUUCAGAUGCAACCUGCGAAAACCAGAGAAUCAAAGUUCAACAUCAUCAUCAACAUCAACAGUAUAUAUACGGAAGAAAACGUAGUCCUGUUGCUGUUGGUCUUCCGGUCGCUUCUUCUUCUUCAAGCAGGGACUUCAAGUGUAGAAAAGCCUCUGAUUAGAGUCUGAAGUUGCCUGAAUGUGACAUGACAUGUAGAAUAUUACUAUAUGAGAGGUUCAAGGGAAUUCAGAUGGAAGUAACAAAGCUACUGUACUCAUCGCGAUCGCUUUAGAAGCGUGAGUUUCACCAAAAGCUGCAAGUUCUCAACGGGUGCAGGUGUUCCGCUGAGAGUCUGGCUCCACUGAUCGCCUACAAAUACAGAGAUGGAAGUACAUCAUGAACAUACGGCCGCGGCAGAUGGUGUAGAAGAGACGGGUAGUUCCUUCACUUGGGAGAGCCAAUUUCUUAGCAGAGUGAACGCACAUCAAACUCAUCAAGGAAUGCCCUCACUAAUGGAAGGAGCUACAUCAAUACCCACAGAGUGUGCAGUGACCAUUGUAAAGGAGACUGGGGUCUUUGAGAAGCUUCUGAUGGAGAAACUGUCAGUUUACAUGUGUCCAAUCAUAGGCAUCUCCAGCUUGAAUGGAUGGCUUCUUGUUCACUUCUGGGAAGGAGAUUCCUAUGCUGUAGAUCUAGGUGCACUCUCACCAGGGUCUAAACAGGGCAAGGCUCAUCCUGGAGCUAAGAUCGCUGGUGGAACUCCAGAUAACAUUCACAAGUGGGCCAUCAUUCACUCUGUCGGAAGGUUGCUCAGUGAUGACUCCAUUUUGAAGGUUGUGUACGAUGUCCUUCACGUGUCUCAUGAUCUAGGAGAGAAUGCAGGCUUGAAGAUUGUCAGAGUUUUUGAUGUCUUGGAAGCAGAUCGUAUCAUACGUGACCACAGCUUCCUCAUGCCUCUGGCAGAACUGUUGCAGAUCUAUGGAAUGGUACCAAAUAGCUGUGUAGACAUCUUAGUUGGCUCCCAGAGAACACCUGUAGUGGACGACCCACUGGAUUAUUGUGGAAAAUCACAAAGACAAGCUAUCAACAAUCUUAGAGAAAUGGCCCAAGUUUCCUCUAAGAUGAUUCCUUUCCUUUAUCAAGCGAUGUUAAGUAUAAUGUCAGCUCCAAUGCUGGCUGAGCUUAACCAACGCUCCAAUGCUUCGGUGCAGAGUCCACAGCAGUUGGACUGUUGGUAUAACCCGAGAAGAGGAGACAUGGUCUCUGGUCCUGAGAACGUAUCCAGUCACCCAUCUUCAUAUGCAGCUGCUCUGGAGGGCAUGGCUGCAACAGGAAAUGAAAGCACACAACAAGCUCCUUGUUUAGUACAAGCUAUUGAGUCUUACACUGAGGAGGCAAAGUAUGACAGAACUGAGGUGCAGAAACAAAGGGUCACUCAAAAUGAGCUGCACCAAAAGUUUCAGGGUGAAACACAAGAGCAACAUCAGCAAGGUGAAGAGAUUGAAAGUGUGGAACCAUACAUUACCAGCCAAAAAGAAAGCCAUGGUGCUUUGCAUCUUGUAACCAGCAAUAUCAGAAAGGAGACAACGCAACAACCACACUUUGAUUGUAAUGCAAAGAAAAUGGUUCAAAGCACCUAUGCGAAUGUUUUGCAAGGCAAGGCAGGAUGUCUGACAGAAAAUGCAAUCACGAAACAAGCUCCACCCCGUUUGACUCGAGAUGAAGCUUCUGACAUUGAAGAAACAUCAGAUGAAAGCAUUCGUAUGCACUCACAAGAUUUACCUCCAAAGAAGCAAAAACAUCAAGUGCAAAAACAUGAACAUCAUGGAAACUGUGGUUCACAUUCACAGUCAAAAGAGCAAGUAAACUAUCCUCAAGUUGCCAAUGCCCAAGGAGAGAAAUUAACUCAGCCUUCAGUAGCGGCCAGUAAUGAAAAGAAGAAGCAGCAAGAAAACAGUUUGGAUAAGAGUGUAAGGCCAAAGACAAAUCAAAGUGCAAGCUCUGUUGGUGCAGUAGCAGCAACAAGUACUCACCAGAAGCAGCAACAACAACCAGAACAGCUUCAAGAAUGUAUCCGAACUUUAUCAGCAAAAAAGAAAAAGAAAAAGAAAAAGAAAAAGAAAAACAAUACAGUAGAAAAAGAAUCUCCACCCCAACUGAAAUCUAACAAAUCAGGAGGAAAUGUUGAAAAAGAACAAAAUCAGAUGCUUCCUGAGAAAAUGCAGAAUGAUGUGAAGUCAAAGAAAAGUAGUGUAACUACCUGUGGUCCAACCUGUGGUCCAGCCAAUCCUCGAGAACAAACUGGUCCAUCUAAAAGUCCCCUCAGUCUUGGGGUUCCUGUUGGGAAAGAAAAGAAUCAGCUGAAGGUAAAAGUUCAGAAUGAUGUAAAACCAAAGGAAAGCAAAGGAAUUGGAGCAUCUGGUCCAGCAAAGACCAAAGAGCAACCCAAACAAUCUAAAAGUCUCCUCAGUUCUAAAGAAAAAGAAAAAGGUAAGAUGUCUCAACAGGGUGUGCAGAAUGAUGCAAAGAGAAAGAACAAUAGUGCACCCAAGACCAAGACGAAGGAACAAUCCAAUUCUUCCAAAAAUCCCUGUCCAAAAGAUACUGUCAAAAAAGAACAAAACACAUUGCCUCAGCAGAAAACGCAGAAUGGUGUGAAGCCAAAGAAAAGCAGUGUAACUUCAGACAAAACUUCAGCCAAGACUUCAAAACAGAACAGUUCAUCUAAAAGUUGUCCCAGUCCUGGUGCAACCAAUAAAAAAGGACAAAAUCAGAUGCCUCAACCAAAAGUGCAAAAUGACAAAAAGGCAGAGAAAAGUAGUGUAACACCAGCCUCUGGUCCAGCCAAAGCUAAAGAACAACCAUCCAGACAGGAUAAGCAUCAGCAAAAACAGCAGGAGAACUCUGAAGUAAUGAAUGCUGUGAAAGCCGAGUCAAAGAAGAAAACAGAGUCUUCUCAAAAGUUUUCUGACAAGCCAACUUGUGUAGCCAAAACUCAAGAACAGAACAGUUCAUCUAAAAGUUGUCCCAGUCCCGGAGCGACCAAUAAAAAAGGACAAAAUCAAAUGCCUCAACCAAAAGUGCAAAAUGACAAAAAGUCAGAGAAAAGUAGUGUAACAUCAGCCUCUGGUCCAGCCAAAGCUAAAGAACAACCAUCCAGACAGGAUAAGCAUCAGCAAAAACAGCAGGAGAACUCUGAAGUAAUUAAUGCUGUGAAAGCCGAGUCAAAGAAGAAAACAGAGUCUUCUCAAAAGUUUUCUGACAAGCCAACUUGUGUAGCCAAAACUCAAGAACAGAACAGUUCAUCUAAAAGUUGUCCCAGUCCCGGAGCGACCAAUAAAAAAGGACAAAAUCAGAUGCCUCAACCAAAAGUGCAAAAUGACAAAAAGGCAGAGAUAAGCAGUGAAAUAGGAGCAUGUGGUCUAGCAAAUACAAAAGACCAAGCAAGCUCAUCUAAAAAUUCUCACACUCCAAGAGAGGUUGUCAAAAAAGAACAAAGUCAGAAAUCGCAGAAUGAUGUGGAGUCCAAGAAACACACUGUUACACCCUCCUCCAUUCCAGUCAAAGCUAAAGAACAACCAUUUAAACAGGAUAAACAUCAGCAAAAACAGCAGGAGAACUCUGAAGUAAAUGAUGCUGUGAAUGCCGAGUCAAAGAAGAAGAAGGAGCCUUCUCAAAAGCUUUCUGACAAGCCAGCUCUCAAAACUGAAAAAGAACAUAUAAAGUCUGAAAUGACUCAUCAUCGGCAAAGACCAACCCUGUUCAAAGACUGUCCUGCUGAGAAAAGGGAAUCGGAUGCCAGUACCUCAAGCAGUAUUAGUUUCACAGAGCAGGAAGGGAGACAAGAACAGAAAGAUUUCCCAAAAAUGAUCAGGUUUUGAGUAACACAGCCACUAAACCAAAA